UUUUGAAAGAUUUGAGACGUCAUUGUUGUCUUUGUUAAUCAUUCCCCUUGACAACAGCUAUACGAUACCAAAGUUUAAAUAGCUACAUUGAUUAUUCUUUUGUACACCUGGAUUGAAUAGAUUCAUUUAAUGUCUUAAGAGAACGAAAAUGGCGAGGCGGAUUUUGAAAGUUUCAUUGGUUACUGCUACCUUGGCCGCCUCAGCAUGUGGAACUACAAUAUACUUAGAUAGCAGCAAACAAAUUGAAAUUGAGAGCCCGACCAAACCAAAAAAGAUUACAUGGAGCAAAGCUAUUCAAGCUACUGAUAAGUUGUGUGAGCAGGUGAAGAAUGAAUCUGGAACUCCUGGACUAGUUAUUAGUGUGAGUGUUGAUGGACUUCCAGUUUACCAGAAAGGAUUUGGGUAUGCUGAUGUCGAGAACCAUAUUCUCUGCCAGACAAAUACUGUAAUGCGAAUUGCUAGCAUUAGCAAGUCAAUGACCAUGGCUGUAGUUGCCAAAUUAUGGCAGGAAGGAGGCCUCUCCCUUGAUAAACCAGUUCAAGAAUAUGUAGCUGAUUUCCCAGAGAAAUUUGUUGAUGGUGAAAAGGCAGAGAUUACAUUGAGACAUUUAGUCAGUCAUCUCUCUGGUAUUCGCCAUUAUGAAAAAGUACCUGCCCCCAGUAAUGUAUCGUCCACUACCGUUGAUCUAAAUCCCCAGAACGAAAAAAUUUCCAACACCCAAACAAAAAACAAUAAUGAAUUUGAAAAUCAAGAGUACCUUCUCAACAGCCAUUUUGAGAGUGUAUCAAAAUCUCUAGCCCUUUUCAAAGAUGACGAUCUUUUUAGUAAACCAGGUGUAAAGUUUCUGUACACAACGCAUGGGUGGACCCUAGUGAGUGCCGUGGUCGAAAGUGUCGUGAAGAAGUCUUUCCCUUCAUACAUGAAAGUAUUCUUUCAUGAAAUGGGGUUAAGAAACACAUAUUUGGACGAGAAUAAACCGAUUAUCUACAACCGUGCAAAAUAUUACGUUAGGAACGAGAAAGGGCGAUUGGAAAACGCAACAAAUGUUGACAAUUCAUACAAGUGGGCGGGAGGCGGAUUUCUAUCUACGAGCGAUGAUUUGGUCAAAUUCGGAAAUGCCAUGCUCUAUUCAUAUCAAAAUUCCAACGGCUUCCUAAAUCGCGAUACCGUCCAAAUGCUAUGGUCACCAGUAUCCAAUACAUCUUUAGCGUGGGAUAGAGAUGGCCAAUAUGGAAUGGGUUGGGGCGUUAUAUCGUCGCACAACAACUACCCCUUCUGCAAAUCGAGGCAAUUCUACAUUUCACAUACUGGCGGCGCCAUUGGAGCUAGUUCCGUUUUGCUCGUCCUGCCACGUACUGAUGACACGCCGGGAGAUAAACCUAUUCGAGGCGGAUAAUAGCACAAGGUCCAUUUUCUCCUCCCCACAUCAUAAUCCGGUCUGGAACAACCGUCACUAUGGAGGUCUGUAGUAAAAACGUUAAGUAUUAUGUAGUUAUUUUCCUUCUACGAAAGAAACAUAUUUACAUAGCUACUCACGUUUUCGGGUUUGUCCAGCAUUCUGGAAACUAGCACCGAGGUUUCGCUCAGAAAAUCAUCUGGAAUACCAUUCUUCGUAACAUUCGUGGUAAUUUUUAGAUGUGGCAUACUGUUAUUUAACCAAGUUGGAGUAACUCGACGCAUUUUUUAAAAUGGUAAUAUUUAAAUAACCUAGAGAUUUCUGG